CCGCGAGCGAAACAUUUUUAUCCCAUAAAUUUUCGGUUUGUUUCCGCGAGUGCAUCAUAUCAAAUGGCUUCAGACGAAACAAUGAGUGAAUUGAGUCAAAUGAGCGACGAUGCCGAUCAAUUUUUCGAAGGAGUCGAAAAACUAUUGGAAAUUUGGUUCGCGACGCACGAUGCCAACGAGAAAAAUUCAGAUCUACGCAAAAUUCCAAGAUCAAAACUGGAAUCUCUUUUGAAAAUUGUCAGAUGUGAAAUCAUAAGUUCUGUGAAAAAUGAUCAUAUUGAUGCCUAUGUUUUAAGCGAAAGUUCCAUGUUUGUUUCCAAACGUCGUUUCAUAUUGAAAACUUGCGGUACCACAACACCACUGCUCUGUCUACAACCGUUACUCUUAUUGGCCGAACAGUACGCCGGUUUCACUGAAGUCGAAGAUUUGUUUUAUUCUCGAAAGAACUACAAAAGACCUGAUUUACAGGUUACACCGCAUCAGCAUUUUGACCAAGAGGUGGCUCUAUUGGAUACACUCUUUCCAGACGGAGCCGCCUAUUGUCUAGGAGCAGUGAACAGAGACUGUUGGUAUCUUUACACUUUAAAUCCGCUUCCGCAACAUAACAGAAGACCGAUGCUCUCUACCAAUGAAGGCGAUCAGACGUUAGAGAUACUCAUGACUGACUUGGAUCCGGAAAUAAUGGCGAUCUUUACCAAAGAGGAGUGUCUUAAUGCUACUGAGGCCACCAAGAAAGCGGGCAUCGAUAAAAUUAUUCCUAAUAUGACCAUAGAUGAUUUUUUGUUUGAACCCUGUGGUUAUUCGAUGAAUGGAGUUUCCAAAAAUAACUCACAUGAAGUCUUAGAUGGAUGUUACAUGACGAUUCACAUCACUCCAGAACAAGAAUUUUCAUAUGUUAGUUUUGAGACUAACGUUCCGGCCAGCAGCUACAAGGAAAUUAUUGGAAAAGUGUUGGACACUUUUAAGCCUGGCAAAUUUACAGUGACUGUUUUCACUAACCAACUCUCUCCUACCAAAGAUACAUCCAAAGAACUUCUUUGUCGUACCCAAAUCGGCAACAAAUGGAACCGACGCGACGUACAACAAAUCAGCUUCAAAAACUACGAUCUGACCUACGCGUUCUACACUAAAUUCCCUAGCUGAGGGCGUCGGGAAAGGUUACGCCCUGGCGUAACUCACCACCGCCAACCCUUACACGCAUCCUUUUCCGAUCCUUCCAUUCAUUCACAUUCCCGACCAAAAUUCAAUCGUUUCAACAGAUCAAUUGCCAGUAUUUACGCCGAAUUGGCAAAAUUAGGCUCCGGUAUUGUCUCAGAUAAAAGUUUGCAAGCAUUUUAUCAAGCCUUCAUGAAAAGUCUACGCAAAAGAAAACUUAAAUUUGCUUCGAAAGAUUUCUUUUGUUCUUGUUCCAGAGACGAAACGCCCAAUAUGCGUCGUUUUCGUGAGGCUUUUGGACCUUUUUCGUUUUUCUUCAUUUACUUCAGUUUGUUCUCACCCGUUUUCACGUUUACAGAUUUCGAGAGUCCUCUGGUUAUGUUUUCCUGGUGGCGCAAUAAAAUAUCGUGAGAGUUACUGUUUGAACCGUCUAAGUAGUUGAAACAUAGUGGCCAACUGUUUCCCUUCAACCUAUGAGGGUUAGGUAGACAUCCAGAUGUAUUUGUACAAUUAUUGUACCAGUACUCACACUAUGUUUUUCUUACUUUAAGGCGGGGCGUUUGAAUUUUUCCCUUUUUUAAUUUUGUUUUUUAUUAUUAUAUGUUUUCAACUUACAAAAACACUAUGUAGGGUGUUUUUGUUGUACGUUUUGUGGUUGUACGUAUACACUUAAAAUUCAUAUAAAUUGCUUUAGUUAAUGAUUACUAGAUGAAAAUUUAGUGGCACUUUAUAUGAUUUUUCUGUGUAGGUACAUACAUAUGUAAGAAAAUUGGGGCCUUUAGGAAAUUAACAAUGUGCACAAAAAAUUAGGUGCACAACCAUUAUUGUUUAGUUUUUCACCAUCCAGGGUUGGCAAAGGUCCAUAUUUGUUGUAAAAAGAUUUAGAUUAGAAAUUCGAUAUUUUGGAGGAAAAAUUUUAUUAAAUAUUAUAUUGUUAUUACUAUAGUCAAAAUGUAGACGUGUGUAGAGGAAAUUUUUAUCAAAUGUUAAACGUUAGAAAAACUUCCUUUAAAAUUGAGGAAUAGUAUUUUCAAUUCUUCCGUGUCAAUAUGGGAGUAAUUAGUGUGCCAAAUAAUGUAAAAUCUGUUUAUGUUUUAUUGUUUAAUGUUUGUUUUUUGUUGAAUUUAAUCUGAAUUUUUACACAAUAUAUUUUAAGUGAUGCCUCAUCUUCUAUGAGGUUGCAAUUUCACUUUAGGCUUUGGGGAGAUGUACAUUUCACUGUUUCUCUCGAACAAAAUGAUACAUUUAAAGUUUUGGCAUUUUCGAUUGGUGAAAUGCCAUCCAAUUUGACCAUAACUCUUGUAAUAAGUGUCAUGACAAAAAUUAAAUUAUCUCUAAUAAAUAGGUACCUUAUUUAUGUUGAGUAAGAUAUAGACGUCAUAGCAGCAAUCAUGGGAAGUUUGUAUUGUAAUUGUUAUACCCUACAACAGAAGUAUUUUGAAAAUUAGGUACCUAAAAAUGUCAUGAUGUUUUAAAUUUUCUUUUUAGUUCACAUUAUAAUGAGUUUUUGGAUGUUAUCAUUCCCUAUACGAAGAAUGUAUAUUUUAAGCAAAAUUAAUUUUAAUAGCAAACAUUAUUAUGUAAGGUGUACAGUGACUUCCAGUUUCAAAUGUUAUUUAAAACACCAAUGAAUUGGCUGAAAGGCUUUUGAAAUAUUUGAAGAGCCCUUUGUAGGUCUUCAAUAGUAAUUUAUAACGAAUUAAAACUGAAACACACUGUACAUAGGGGUAGACUAAGAUUUUAUAUCUCCAAGAGAUUUUUCUGUUCAUUAUUAUUUAAGUUUUAUUUUCAAAAAGACAAGUCAGUUUUAUAUUUGUAAUGACAGUCAGUUUUCUAUUUCUCGUAACUGAAAUACUUUUUUAGGAAUUCCAAUACUUAUUAGGAAGUAAUUUCUGGAUAAUUGUAAUAUCUUGGGCUAGAUUUAGUUUUAAUUGUAAUAAUUGUUCAAUUCCAAUA